AUGAAGCCAAUACAGGCGGCGGCGGCGGCGGGGGGAGGAGCGCGCCACCCGCAGGAACAGCCGAGGGCGGGGGGGGGGAGAGAGAGAGAGAGACGCUGGUCACGGGGUGGGGACAAACGUGGUGGAGGAAGGUCGCUAUUGGCGGCCGCCGCUGCCCGUCAGAGCCCCCCCAGCCUCGACGCUCCACUUCCUGCCACUCGGCGGAGCCCCCGAGGAAGUGGCCCACGCCGGGCUGAGGCCACCGCCGCCCAAAGCGCUGGAGGAGCAUCUAAGCCCUCCUUCCCUCCCUCCCUCCCCCGGCUCUGCGCUCCCGGCUUCUCCUCCUCCUCCUCCAGCGCAUCCCUGAAGCCGGCUCCGCCAUGGCCUGGCUCUGGAAGCGCGGGGGGUGAGCGGACAAGGGGUCUCCAGGAGCCCCGACGCCGGCUUCCCACCCCCCCCCCACUCCCCGAAAAAAAGCGGGGCACGCAGCCAGAGAAAAUGGAGAUCUCGCUGGGCCAGUGGCUCCUCAUCCUCUUCCUGGUGGCCAUCCCGCUUCUGUAUGAAUGGAGUGCCACCUUCAAGUAUUUCUGUAAGAUGGCUUUCUACAACAGCUACAUCCUCUUCCUGGCUGUCAUUGCCAUCCCGAUCUGUGCUGUCCGCGGGCGCAGCGUGGAGAAUAUGAAGUGA